AUGUCAAUAAUCUUCAGAAAUGCGCGCAUCGUCACUGCAACACAGGAGUUGAUUGACGACAGUGUCUUGGUGGUGCAAAAAGGCAUCAUCUCAUAUCUCGGCCCAUACAAUGACCAAGUAAAGAAGCUUGAGGCAGAUGCCGAGAUCCAUGAUCUUCAGGGCCGGAUCCUUGGCCCAGGGUUCGUCGAUGGACACAUGCAUCUGCUCCUGCACGGUGCAUCAAUCCGAAAGAUUGGCUUGGAGCAUUGCAAGACUUUAGAGGACAUCCGUGCAGCGCUGAAAGCUGGCGCUGCAGAGCGGCCGAAUGUCCCAAGGCUUUUCGGUAGAGGCUAUAUGCAGCAUAUGACCCCUGGCGAGCCUACUGCGGCUAUGCUAGACGGUAUUGAUUCGCGGCCCAUCUACAUAAACAGCAAAGAUCUCCACUCUACGUGGUGUAACACUGCCGCGAUGGAUGAACUCAACGUUGGAGACACGCCAGACCCGAAGGGUGGUACUAUCCACCGGGAUGCCGAUGGCCAACCUACUGGUCUAAUGUCAGAAGCAGCUGCAAUCAACAUAGUUUGGCCUCACAUGAACAAGAUCACGCCAUACGAAGAGAAGCUAGAUCAAGUGCACGCUGCCAUCAAGUCAUACUCAAGUACUGGCUAUACGGGCUUGGUCGAGCUGGCUACCGACGACGAGAUCUGGUCACUCAUGAUGAAGCUCCACGAAGAAAAAGCACCCAUCCGCAUGGCCGCCCACUGGCUCGUCGCGCCCUCCGAGAAUCUUGACGACUCCCUGGCACAAGUCGACCGCGCUGUAGAGCUACACAAGCAGUACAACCUCACCAGCUCUCCCGACUGCCGCAUUGCUGGUAUCAAGCUCAUCCUCGACGGCAUCGUCGAUGCCUGCACUGCGGCACUCUCUAAACCUUACACCUCUAAUGCAGCCCAUCCGGACACGUUCUGGACCGCUGAGCAUCUCCGCGCUGUGGUUCGCAAGGCCGAUGAGGCUGGCCUCCAGUGUGCUCUGCACGCUAUUGGCGAUCGAGCCGUAACCCUCGCUGUCGACACACUUGAAGCUUGCGGCUCGCCCGGCCGUCGCCACCGCAUCGAGCACCUGGAGCUCACAUCUCCAGGUGACGCCGCGCGCCUUGGCAAGCUCGGCAUUACUGCUUCGAUCCAGCCUGUUCACGCUGAUCCUUGUGUCUUGCGUGCCUGGCCUACCAUUCUCGGCACUGAGCGUUGCGGACGCGCCUUUGCAUACAAGGAGUUCCACGAUGGUGGCGCAACGAUUGCCAUUGGUACAGAUGCACCGACAGCACCGACGCAUCCGUUGCAGAACAUGUAUGUUGCGACGACGCGCAAGUCAGCCAGGGAGCCGGAGGCGGGCGAUCUCAACGCAGUAAACCAGAACUUCGCGCUGCCUUUGGCGGUCGCAAUGGCGGGUGCGGCGGAGGGAGCAGCGAAGAGCUGUUUUGCGGAGAAGAGGGUGGGGACACUGGAGGUAGGCAAGUGCGCGGACUUUGUUGUGCUGGGUAUGGAGUGGAAUCACGAGAGGCUAUUGGAGGCGCAAGUUAGGGAGACAUGGUUCGGUGGUCGGAGGGUAUACAAGAAGAGCUGA